AUGAGUUCUGGUUCUUAAGAGUUAACUGUAAAAAAGGUAGUAAACUAUGAUAAUGGAGAUUAAUAUGAUGGAGAAUAAUUAAAUGGUUAAAAACAUGGAAUAGGUCAAUAUCUAUGGGCAAAUGGAGAUUAAUAUUACGGAGACUGGGUACAUGAUAAACGUACUGGAAAGGGUAAAAUGAAAUGGGGAAGUGAAAAUUAUUAUGAUGGAGAAUUUUUAAACGGUGUUAAACAUGGAAAGCGUUAAUAUAAAUGGGCUAAUGGAGAUAUAUAUGAUGGAGACUGGAUAAAUAAUUAAAGGAUGGAAAAAGGUAUUUUUAAAUGGGUUGAUGGGGAUUAAUAUGAUGGAGAUUGGGUAAAUGAUAAGUAAACUGGUAAGGGAUAAAUAAGAUGGGCUAAUGGAAAUUAAUAUGAUGGAGAUUAUUUAAAUGGUAUAAAAAAUGGAAAGGGUUAGUAUAUAUGGGCAAAUGGUGAUUUAUAUGAUGGAGAAUGGAUUAAUGAUUAGCGAAUGGGAAAAGGUAUUUUUAAAUGGGCUGAUGGUGAUUAAUAUGAUGGAGAUUGGGUUUAUGAUAGGCAAGCUGGUGAGGGCCAGAUGAAAUGGACUAAUGGAAAUUAAUAUAUUGGAUAAUUUUUGAAUGGCUUAAAACAUGGGAAGGGUUAAUAUAUUUGGGCCAAUGGAGAUUAAUUUGAAGGAGGCUGGAUAAAUGAUUAGCGAACUGGAAAAGGUCAAAUGAAAUGGGUUAAAAGAGAUUAAUAUGAUGGUGACUGGGUAUAUGAUAACCGAACUGGAAAAAGGUCAAAUGAAGUGGGCUAAUGGAAAUUAAUAUGAUGGAGAUUAUUUCAAUAGUUUAAAGCAUGGAAAGGGUUAGUAUAAAUGGGCAAAUGGUGAUUUAUAUGAUGGAGAAUGGAUUAAUGAUUAGCGAAUGGGAAAAGGUAUUUUUAAAUGGGCUAAUGGAGAUAUAUAUGAUGGAGAUUGGGCAUAUGAUAAGCGAACUGGAAAAGGUCAAAUGAAAUGGGUCAAUGGAAAUUACUAUGAUGGUGAAUAUUUAAAUGGUUUAAAACAUGGAAAGGGUUAAUAUAAAUGGGCUAAUGGGGAUUUUUAUGAUGGAGAGUGGAUUAAUGAUUAGCAAACUGGCAAGGGAUAAAUGAGAUGGGCUAAUGGAAAUUAAUAUGAUGGAGAAUAUAUAAAUGGUUUAAAAAGUGGGAAGGGUAAAUUUAAAUAAGCUGAUGGAAAUUAAUUUGAUGGAUAUUGGGUAAAUGAUAAGCAAACUGGAAAGGGACAAUAUACCCAAAUUAAUUAUCAAAAAUUAGUAAAUUUUUUUUGA